AACCGCGAAGGACAAACGGAUGUUAUUCUAUGCAAUCCAGCUACUGGUGAACUUUCCAUUCAAUUAGAUGUAAAUGUACUACUUCCCGGUGGAGGUCUUCAGGAGGUAUACAAGGUCACCGUUCAAAUUCUUGACGUUGAUGACAACCCUCCACGUUUCGACAAUCGUGUCUGGAAACGUCACCUUAAAGAAGCACUCUAUCGAAAGGGUAGAAAGAUUGAUUUACCAAAAGCAAGGGAUGUUGAUCUUCUGCCUGAACACAGAGCAAUUCAGUACAGUCUGGAAUCGAGCUCUCCAACUGUAAUGGAGACAUUUCAUUUUGAGGUUUUAAAUAGUGAGACUCCAACUCUUAUCUUGCUGAAGGACCUAGACGCAGAAACACAAGAAUAUUUCAAUAUGACACUCCUAGCCUUCAGUUCAUCUAGAGGUGUCUCGGACCAGGUCGAUUCUCGACUUCAAAUUGAGAUCUAUGUUGUUGAUAUGAAUGACAAUGAACCGUAUUUCGAUCAACCAUGCUAUAACAUUACAGUACCUGAGGAUACGCUUCCAGGAUUGGUGAUUUUUCAAGUAAUAUUUUUGAUACAUAUAAUUUAA